AUGAAAACUUUAAGUAAAGCAGAAGACUUUGGACCGAAAAAUCUGCCAAAUCCCGAAUUGCACCUCAUUUUAAACAGUGAAGCUACAAAAACUAAUAAAAUCUGGCGCACUUUAGUUGAUGUCGACAAAGUGCAAGCUGCUUAUGAGAAACUGAAAGACAUCAACUGGCUUUAUGGAAAUCUUGACGACCAAUCCUUAGAUGAUGUAGCAAAAAAAGUCGUCAAAACAGCCAACAGUGCUACCAGUACUAUGGUGGAGGAAGCAACUGAUGAGGACAUUCAAGGCUUCCAGUCUUACACAAUUCAGAACAUGAAUUCGAAUUUAAACAAGGGGAGCAACAUCCAGCAAUACAAGAUGACGCAUGUCAGGGAGACCCACUCGAUAACAGACAGAUGCACUUGGAUGUCAUGUGCUUUCCAACUCUGUUUCCAACUGGGAGGUUUGGAAACCAAUGCUCCAGUUGUCGGUGAGAGUAGAGCCGAAGAUGUAGUCAGAUUUAUAGAUGAAAGAGUAACUUGUAACAUACCAAAUAAAGAUACCUGUCCACAGCUACACGAAAUUGUUACGAGGUACCAGUUACACAAGUGCAGCAAUUACUGUAAGAAAAAGAGGAAGUUUAGCAAAAACGUAUUUGUUACAAAGUGCAAAUUUGGAUUUCCUCGCCCAGUUUCCGAAGAAACUGUACUGAAAAAUGUCCAACAAAGCAUGAAAGCAGAGAAAAGAAAAUAUCACCUUAAACGGAGCGAGGAAGAAGUGAGAAUCAAUGAUUACAAUCCUCUGCUUCUCUUAUUAGGGAAGGCUAAUGAUGUAUCCUUUACCAGUGAGUGUUCUCUUGCUCUGGCCAAUUAUGUGAGUGGCUACGUGACAAAGGCAGAAAGAGGUCACAUGCAGGAUCUGUGGCAAGACAUCUUAGAUGAUAGAGGCAUCUACAGUAAAUUGUUUAGAAUCGGCAUAAGAUGUCUCGACAACCGACCCAUUGGACUAUAUGAAACAUGUGAUAUAUUACUCGGUGAGCCACAUUGUAGAAAAUCUAGAGAGGUAUCAUGGAUCAAUGUAGAAAUGCCGCAUAAAAGAAAACGAAAUUUAACAAAGAAACUCAGUGAAGUUGAAGAAAUAGCAGCAAACGAUCCAUCAACUGAAGAGUUUUAUGGGGAGGGCCUUGUCACUCACUUUUAUCCAAACAGAGCCCAAGAACAUGAAGAAUAUUGCCUUUAUGACUUUGUAGCCAAACUCACAUACAAGGGCAAAGAUAAAAAUGGCGAACGAAUCUAUAGACCACUACAGAAAGAGCGACUUCCUAACUUUAUUGAUUUCGAUGUCUAUAAAGAAAAUCAGAGAGACAGUUUCAAUUAUGCCAUCAUUCUCCUUUUCGUGCCGUUUAGAAAUGAAGAUGAAUUAGUUCAUGAUGGUGAAACUGUCCAAGAAGCAUUCGAUCGCCACAUUUUCGACCACGAAAGGUGUGUCGAAGCAAAUGAGAAAUUCAGAAAGUUGCUCAAAUGCAGAGAGAAAUUAAAAGACAUACAAGAUGCCAGAGCAGCAAACAGAGAAGAGGAAAACGAUGUAGAAGACGACAUUCAACAACUGAUGGGACAGAUUAAAGAUGCAAUGAAUGACGUGAGAGAUAUGGACACUGGAUCUGGUCUCACUCUGCAAGAGAGAGAAUCGAUGCUAAAUGUAGAUCAAAAACGUAUCUUUGAUCAGGUAAAAUCUCAUCUAUUGAGGCAAAUUGAAUACGAAAAGAAAUCGAAACAAGAGAAGGAGCAAUCAGAAAGUGUAAAACCGUUGCACAUGUUCAUCAGUGGGGUGGGUGGCACUGGUAAAUCUUUUCUUAUUGAGGCAAUUAAAGCACUAGUGAAAAGCCUCUGGUCAGCACUGACCAAACAGACAUGUGCAGUUUGUGCUCCAACAGGAUUAGCAGCUUACAAUGUGGGAGGUGUGACAGCACACAGACUGUUUCAGCUGCCAAUACAUGAAGGACAGUGUGCCUCAUACUGGUCCAUACCAAAGGCUAGUCACAAAGUAAUGAAAACAAAACUUCAGGAUCUGAAAAUGGUAAUCAUUGAUGAAGUGUCCAUGGUUUCUAGCCUCAAUCUCAGUUACAUACACAUGAGAAUGAAUGACUUAUGUGAAUCAGACGAAUGGUUUGGUGGCAAGAAUGUCCUCUUUGUUGGUGACAUCCUUCAAUUGCCACCAGUUCGUGGACAACCUGUGUUUGACAAAGUAACAGCAUCAACACUGAAAUACAGACUUUGUAGUAUGGGUGCAGUGAACAUAUGGCGUGAUACUGUCACCUAUGACGAAUUGACAAUAAAUGAAAGACAAAAAACAGACCAGAAAUUUUCGGAAAUGUUGGACAAAGUGAGACGUGGCUUUCCAGACGAUGAGACUCUCGCUACACUUUCCGAAAGGGUAUUUUCGACGCCCAUUGAGAAAAAAUUUAAAAUAUUACAACAGGGUGGUAAUGCCCCAGUUUGCCUGUUUCCAAAAGUAGACAUGUGCAAAGAAUUUAAUGAAACAAUGCUGGCUAAUCUACCAAGUCCCACCGUGAAAAUAAGAGCCACAAAUUUAAUUGAUGGUACUGGCAACAUACAUGGAUUAGUGAAUGGAGCACUUGGUACAGUGCAGGCCAUUUCAGAAACACGCAUAACAGUUAAAUUUGAUAGAAUAACUGAUCCUUGUGAGAUUGAGAAAGUCAAGAGAAAGUUUAUGGGACUGUCACUAGAUAAUGCAAUCAUUGAUCUGUCUGAAAACGUAUUUAGUGCAGGAAUGGCUGACGUUGCUCUAUGA